UGAUGGUGGAUUUGAGUAUGUAGAUGUUGUUGAUAGAGUUGGUUGUGCAGACGGGGUUUGGUGUCUCAACAAUGAUUCAAAAUUUCUAGAUUUUAAAUAUCUGCAACUGUAAAAAUAAAAAAAAGCCAAGAUGAAGAUUGAUAAAGGCAGACUGAAAAAAAGUUCAUCGGAGGUGCCACCAGACUGCCAAGCACUAAUUGAUAAAUUGCGUACCAGUAAUAGAAAGGAUUUAUUUUACGUUCUGAAAGGAAUUGAAACGUGGAAUUUUGGAAAAUGUGAACUAUAUCACUGGAUUGAUGUCUUGGAUGUCUUGGAUGACAUACUCGAAGAGAGUGCCAAACGUGAAUCAGCACGCAGUUGGAUAUUACGAAUUGAUUUGCCUGAGAUGGAAUGGGAAAGACAGUUGUUACUGAGAGUGUUGAAUUUUACAACAUUAUUGAUAGAACACUCCUUUUCUCGGCACCUAUACAACUCAGUGGAACACUUAAUCUCACUCUUAACAUCAUGCAACAUGAGUGUUGUGCUUGCUGUUCUAAAUUUGUUAUAUAUGUUCAGUAAAAGAAGCAAUUUCAUUACACGCUUGAGUGCUGAUAAAAAGAAAUCCUUGUUAGCUAGACUGAAUCGCUUGGCUGAGAGUUGGUGUGCGUAUGAUGAAGGAGUUAGUCUUGCACAAAGCUGUCGAAAUAUGUAUCUUGGGGGACGUUCAACAUUACAUUAUGAAUUUUAUGAGCCACCAAAAGGACAUCAGAAGGGAUCUCUGUUGUCAAAAAGUGCAAUUCACAUUGACAAUAUUGAGUGCUUAGGUCUUUCUGCAGCAGCGUUGAUGGAUAAUAUUAUGAAACGUCACCCAACCCUCACAGAAGAGAAACAACUGUUGCUGUUUUCUCGGCUGAGGUUGUACAUAAAUUUUCCAAGCUAUGACACUCGUCUGCUGUGUGUACAGGCCAGACUACAAGCUACUUCUGUGCUGGCAUACACGAAUGCAAUAUUGGAGAAUGCCCAUACUUUACUAUAUAAUGGAUUUUUGGAAGAAUUGGUUGAAGUUGUUCAAUUAUCUGAUCCCAAUUUGACAGAUAUAAGAGCUGCAGCACUUCGUACACUUACCUCCAUUACUCACUUGGACAGACAUCCACAUUUCACAAAGAAACCGAGUGCAAGACUGAAUAUGAUAAUUGAAGUGACAACAGCAAAUUCAUUCCAUGGUUUCUUGCCUACCUUUGUUCGAUCCUGUGUUAGCACGUUAUUGUCAGACCCUCAACUAAAUCGCCCAAAAUGUCCAUUUCCUCUUCCACUCGCAACAGCACUUUUCAGUUUCCUUUACCAUUUGGCAAGUUAUGAUGCUGGAGGUGAGGCACUAGUUAGCUCUGGCAUGAUGGAAUGCUUGCUGAGAGUAAUACACUGGCAUGGAAGAGAGUUAGAACAUAUCACAUUUGUUACAAGAGCUGUGCGAGUUAUUGAUCUUAUCACAAACAUUGACAUGCAAAGCUUUCAAGCUCAUGGAGGCCUUUCCAGUUUCAUAAGUAGACUUGAGGAUCCAAGAAAUUCUCUUUGGCGAGGGAAUGUCCGUGCUGAAGUUCCUCAACCUUCUUCUGCAAGGCAGGGUGGCAGUAGCAGCAGUGAUGAAGAGGAUGAAGAUGAUGCUUCUACAUUGUCACAUGCUCAACAGGAAGAUGGUGCAGUGGGUGAAAGGAUGAAUGUUCCUCUUGUUGAUUACAUUAUCAACGUGAUGAAAUUUCUAGAUUCAAUUCUAACUAAUAAUUCAACAGAUGAUCACUGCCGUGAGUUCAUAUCUCAGGGUGGUAUUCCUCGCUUAAUGAAAAUACUGGAAAUUUCUUACCUACCUCUUGACCACCCAGUCACAUCUGCUGGACAAGCUGUAGCAACUGUCUGCAAAUCCAUUUUGAAUCUUACACAUGAAGGAGAAAUCUUCAGAGUUGGCCUGGAAAAUAUGGAAACUAUUCUUAGUCGUAUGACUGAGCUUCAGUUGGCCACUAUCAAUGCAAAUGGCUCCAUAUUGUUGCAUGAACUGGCAAUACAAGCAAAUGCUGAGGUGGCAUUCAACUCGGUGCAUUCCUUACCUCUCCUCCAUGGAGUGAACAGUAUUCAUGGUUAUGUAGUAAUGUUCCUUAAUCUGAGUCGCUCGAGUCAGAAUGAACUUAGAUCCCUUGCUUUGGCCCACUGGGGUUCUGUGAGGGGUCUGUGUGUCUUGUCACUGCUAAAAAGUCUCUAUAAAGCACUAGUGUGGGAAAGCACUGUACUCCUAGCACUGUGCAGUGAUGAAGUUCCUCUUGACAAAGACUUUGCCAAAGAAGACUUACAGAAGCUAAUGCCCCAAGACAAGGGUGUUGGUGAGCGUUCAUCUGGAAGUGAUAAAGGAAUGACAACAGCAAUGGAAGCCUUAAGUACAAAUGAUACAGAUGCAAGCCAUGAGAGUGGCACUGAACAGAGGAAUUUCCUCAAAGUUCCACCAAAUAUUGUUGCAAAAUACAUAAAACCAUUGCUGCAUGCAUCUUCAAGGCUUGGAAGAGCCCUGGCAGAGCUUUUUGGGAUGUUAGUCAAGUUAAGUGUUGGAACACCUCUGAAACGACGCCAGCGGUAUACGGUCUUGUCGAGGGUUUUGACACCAGCAGCUAAGGACAUUUCAGAGAGUUUGGCAAUGCUGCUUGUUGACUGUUUAAGCUGGACAUCAUUACCUAAAGUUUGUGUACCCCAAUUCAAACUAACAUACUUGAUAUGUUCAGUUGGUUUUACUUCACCACUUCUGUUUGAUGAAAAGAAAAAUCCAUACUACUUGAUGUUGUACCAGUUCUUAAGAUAUGGGGGACACACAGCAUACUUUGAGUCAUUCAGGAAAGCUCUUACAGAUAAUGACAAAUUGCCCAUCAAGACUGCAUUUGAAAAUCCUUUGUUACCUGAGGGGACUGGUGAAUUCCUUGAUGCGUGGCUUCUACUUUUGGAAAAGAUGGUGAAUACAAAGUGUAUCCUUGACUCCCCAUACUCCCACAUAUACAAAGGUCCUGCAGAUGAGGGAUUUGAUCCAGCCAAAUUUCUGUUUGAAGUUCAAAAGUGUGCCACCCAUAAGGCUUCUUUGUCACCAUUGCUGAUCCACAGCAGCCCUGGGAACGAAUUUCUACUGAAACUACAUGUUGUGGUCUUCAGACCACAACAACAUGAAGUUCCAGUAGAAAUUCGUUCCCAAGGCUGCUGUGGAUCAGCAAUGGUGACAAAGAAGCCUUAUGGGUGGCACACUGUGGGCAGGCUGCAAGAACUAGCAGAACGAAUUUCUACUGAAACUUCAUAG